AUUACGACGGGUCCUUCGUUACGAGUUCUACGGCGGGAGCGGGCGGUGAAAUGUUGUCUUAUUUAUUUCGCCAGAUUGUCGCUCAGCACAACGCCUGUACAUAGAGGGUUGUGACACUUAGACUGGAGACAAGGUUUGAAUUUGAAGUGUGGGGGCUACGGGACGAGUCCACUCGAAACCACACCGCCAUGUCACGUCAGUACAGCCUGCGGAAGUGCGGGAUCCGAUUCGACCCUCCCGCCUUGUUCGUCACUUACACGGACAAGUCCGCCGGGAAGACACGCUGUCGAACAAUGCCGAUUCGCAACUUCACCAAAACCUCGACCGUCACCAGAUUCGUGGAAGACUUUCGCAAGAAUCCUCGACACAAAAAGUUCUUAGAGAACGUUCCAAAAUCUCAGCUCGAGAAGCUGCUAAGACUUCUGCAGGACAACCUACGCGGGAUGUCGCUAGACGAAAGUUUGAACGAAAUCCGGAAGGAAUACAGCAUCGAUCCUAAUGAGGACCUAAACAAGGUUGAUGAAGAAACUCUCAGGAAGAAGAAAACAGCCAUGGAAGACAGUUUUGAGAAGAACAGGAAGAAACCAGGGGACCCUGAUUUUGAGUAUGAAGUUGAAAGAGACUUUCAGCCUGUAGAGACUUGUGAGUGGGAUUCGGCUGAUUCUGGAUCUGAUGCAGACUUCUAGUGGUCCUACUAAAGUACUGAAUAGUAAAAUUCUGUACUGAAAAUACAUAAUUUAGUCAUAACUUGUUCCUUCCUAGUAUGUCCCGUACAAAUACAAAUAAAACAGUCAUGAUAUUAGCCAAUGAUGUUUAUAUGCUAAAAAAUGAAAUGAAAAAUAGAAUAUUUUGGAAGGUUACACUGCCAUAAACUGUAAUUUCUUGCAUUUCAAGCUAGUUGUACCCUAUUUUAAUAGCUUUGUUACAUACAUGUAUGUGUAUAGUUGUUAGAAAAUUGGAUCCAAUUUGUUGAACAUAGGAUAGCCAUUGUUUCCUUGUCUGAUCUACCAGAAUGCAUAGCAUGGCUUGUCAAUUGUAGAAAAAUGUUUUGUUGAUUAACUACAUUGUAAUCAAUGAUACACAUGUAGUACAUAACAAGAAUAUGAGAAAAGAACAUUUUUAGAGCACUCCAAGACAAGUUUAUUUGAUGAAAAACGGGUGUCUAUGUAACGUUACAUGUGUACAUGUAAGUUAAAUGCAAGUUUGAUGUGUUUUACCUUGGAAGUACGGGUACAGGCUAGGGUAUUAAAAACCAAAUAGCAAAUGGUUUCCCAUAAAGCCAGAUGUGCUAUAACAUAUCCUGUUGUACAUUCAGAGUACAUCUGGCUUUAUGGGAAACCAUUUGGUUUCAGACAUAUAUGGAAAUGUUGAACUGUGAAUUCAACCAGACUCUUCAAAGCAAUGUAUUACAUUGUUUUAUUGUAGUCUUACAUGUUUAAAGCAUAAUGUUAUAUUCUUUCCAAUUCCAUUUAUUGACAGGAAACCAAUCUGUCAGAACUUUGUGAACUUACAUGUACUCUAGGUCUUUAUCAUGCAUUCCAUAAUCUCUUAACUUUUACCUAUAUUUUGCUAUCCCCUUUGCAUUACGCAUUGACUCUGACUUGAGUUUGAAUCAAUCAAUCAAAUGGUUUUUUAUUCAUAAAAAACAUGGACUUUGCAUCCGACGGCUGAAUUACGUCCAGUUGUACAUCCAAAUUCGUUACACAUUUAUUUACAUAGGUAUUAACACAAAUAUCCACAUCAUUAUUCACAAAGUCUUUGACAUGCUGUGUCUAAGACAAACAGUGACUGUUCAAGAGAUAGAUCAUAUAUGGGACGCUACUCUGUUUGUACUGCUCCGUUCUACAUUUGGUAAGACUCAGUUUAUUACUGGAACGAGUGAUGCGUUCAGUGGCUUUGUGUUUUUUAUAGAUAUAUCAUGAUCGAUCGGUUGCUGAAUAGGUGACUCCUCCGAGCCAUUUCCUCCUGUUGUUAGCAAGGUAUCUGUUAACUCCAUGGUUUCACAGAGAGUUGGUUAUUAUAAUCUCCCCGGAAUAGGUUGGCGCCUGCAUACAGUUCAGCUGGUUUCUUCACAGGCAUACUUAGAGUGUGUCCCAGAAAGUUCAGCUGUCUCAAUUGCAUAUGCCCUAUGCUUUGUUUUGGUCAUGUCACUUGUGAGAAACGCUGUUGUUUGUUAGUCCCAGUCAAGCCUUUUGGGUGGUCUAGUGGUUGGCAAACCAGCUUCCAGAGCAGAAGGUUGAAAAUUUCUAUAUGCAGCUUGCAUUGGACAUAAAACGUUUGCCAGGCAUAAACUUCCAGACAUAAAUUGCUUCUUUUACUACUAUCCACUCACAAUCAACAUACACAAUAUUACAUGCAUGUGAAUCUGCACCAUUAACACUAAGAGCAAAUAUAAUUUUCUAUAGAAAUUCAAAUUCUCCACAUUAGGAAGUACAUAUGUUAGAAUCUUUAAAAUGUGUACAUUCUGAAGAGUUUUUUUGCACG